UGUAUGAUGUAUGUUGUUUUUCAAACAAGCCAAAACAUUUGUUUUGUUGUUGACACAAAUACAUUGUUUUGUCCUGAGUUGCUUCAUGUCUUUUGUCAUGACACACAUGAACCCAUCCCUCUUAUGUGGAAAUCAAUGCCUGUCACUCUAGGACAAUGUCUAUUUUUAAUGUUUUUGUUUAUUUUCUAGGAUUAUUAUGAUAAAUGUCCAAUGUUUCAGCCUGAUUCCGCCCACCUAUUGCUCUCAGAUCAGUUUUCGCUGAGAUUAUAGUCUUGAAAUCCCAUUCACAAGAUGAAUCACUCUGAACUCUGAAUCAGCCACCAGUGGGGGUGGCUAAGUACAAUGAUGUUGAGGUGAAGCGUCUGUUUCAACUAUUAAGGGCAGACGUAGCACACAAAGCAAUACAGACCGUAGUAGAGAGAGAGGCGAGGAGGGGAGAAGAGAGGAGAGGGGGAGAGAGGGAGAGGGAAAGACACAAAGCAACACAUACCGUAGUAGCAACACUAGAAUUGAGGUCAGAGCAAGAAGAAUGUGUGAAUUUAUUCAUCAAGGGCAAAGACAUUGUGUCCUUCCUGCCAUGGGGGUUGGUUAUUUGGGUUGUCUAUAGGUAUAUGUACAUGUGUAGCUUAUAGAUGUAUUACAGGGUGCACUGUAUGGUGCGAUAUAGUCUUAUGUAUGACUCUAUAGUGUGUAGUCAUCAAAGUCGUCCAGCGAGAGAAGAGAGAAAGAUAAGAUCAGCUGAAUUUAAAAAAAAACUUGGAACAGCGUGGUAUUAACUUGGGUCAUAAAAUCCACAUUUAAGUUACGGCUGACGGUUGACUUCCUGUGUGGUAAGGAGUAUUUCCCCUCAGAUCUUGCAACAGGGACAACGUAAAAGGUUAUGACACAGACUUUGUAACACAUGUCCUUUCACGCAGAGGACUGUACGCAGUGACAGCCAACAGACACCCAACAGAACUGUGUUCUUCCCAUACAGGCAACUUCAGAGAUAAUCAGCCUCUAAGAAAACUAUCAAUAUGGACUUCUUUAACGCCACCGCUGACCCAACCAUGCUAUCCCAUUACCUGCAACCCUCUCUCUCUCCCUCCUCUUCCCCGGGCCUCUCCGUCUCGCACCAGGUGGGCAUCAGCAUCCUGACCAUAGCCCUGGUGGUGGGUUUCCCUGGCAACCUCUUCGUGGUGUGGUCGGUGCUGUGCCGCGUGCGCCGGCGCUCCGUCACCUGCCUGCUGGUGUUCAACCUGGCGUUGGCCGACGUGCUGGUCCUGCUGACCGCGCCGCUCUUUCUGCGCUUCCUGACGGCGGGCGUGCAGGGCUGGGAGUUUGGCACCGCCACGUGCAAGAUCGUGCACUACCUCUGCGCCGUCAACAUGUACACCUCCAUCUACCUGAUCACCCUGAUGAGCGCCGACCGCUGGCUGGCCACCAGCAGGCCCUUCGUGGCACAGCGGCUGCGCACCAAGCGGGCACUACUUUCCAUCAUUCUGGCAUUUUGGGUGCUGGCCUUCAUUCUGGCACUGCCUAUGCCUUUCUACCGCAGCAACCUGCAGCUCUUCCGACACAAGAACAUCACCUCCUUCUUCUGCAUUCCUCACCACUGGGGCAGCGUAGACCAUCAGGUGUUCCAGUACCUGGUGGAGACGUUCAUGGGCUUCCUGCUGCCCUUCAGCCUCAUCGCCGGCUGCUACGCCUCCGUCUUCCGCCGCCUGCGCACGGCCAUGUUCAAGCGUCGCGGGCGGGGCAGCUUCCUCAUCCUCGCCAUCCUCGCCGCCUUCGCCCUCUUCUGGCUGCCGUACCACAUCGUCAACAUCCUGCAGGUGAUCGGACUGCUGACAGACACCGAGUGGGCGAUUGAUGCGGCGAAGGUGGCGCGUCCCAACGUGACGGCGUUUGCGUUCCUGAGCAGCAGCGUGAAUCCCGUGCUCUACGUGUUCGCUGGCAGCUCGCACAUUCGCAACGCGGGCCUGGGCUUCAUGGCGAAGAUGUUUGAGGGCACCUACUCCGACGCUCAGUCGCGCAGCACACGCACCAGCCGCAGCUCCGUGCCCGACGACACGUCCAUCUUCCGCAAGAUCACUCAAAAGAUGAGUGUGCGAGGAGGAGGAGUAGGAGGAGGAGGAGAGAGUGUGGCGGGUGGGGAGGAGGACACGAGGAAGACAGCCGAGCUGAAAAAUCUCAUGACAGUCGCAGAAUAAAAGGGAGAGGGAGUGUUUGUGUGUGUGAGGGAGAGAGAGAGAGAGACAGAGAAGGAGAGGAAGUGUGCGUUUGUGUGUGAGUGAGUGAGAGAGUGAGAUAGAGGGAGAGUGAGUGUUUGUGUGUGUCUGUGUGUGGGGCGGGCAGUGUGCAAAUAUGCUAAUAUUGCAAAAAAAAAAUUGCAAAUCUUUGGAGAGUGAUUUUUUUUCUCUGGUUGAUUAUGUGUUGCGGUGUACUGUUUCUUCAUAUCCUUGUCUUGUGUAAGUUGUAUCAUUAUUAAAUGCUCUUGAUAGGA